GAACAUGAGCUCAGGAUUUUAGGAACGGCACUAGAAGUGGAGCAGUUGUCAGAAGCUGAUUGAGAAGCAUAGGAGUCGGAAUGUGGGCGGCCCUUGAAAGGUGUUUUUAGUUCAAUGUGACAAAAACCAACCUGCAAGUUUCUAGUCAGUUGUGAGACAGUCAAGGUGCUCCGAGGAAGUUCACGUGUUCUGAUUGACUACGAGAGCCUGGGGAGAGAAACUGAGAACCUGAAGAGAGAAAUUCAUUAUCAAUGAACCUAUAUAGGAAUUUUGGGAAUCUCCUUGAGAGUUGGGUGACUGAAGGCUACUCGGAUUUACACUUUCAGUCAGGAGCUGGUGUGGACAGAUUAGAAUCAGUGUCUAGGAACUCCGUCCCACUAUCCAAUGUAAAAUCAGAAUCCGAGGACUCGGGAUUUGAGACGGUUAGUACAACUAGUCCCUGUCAUUCUCAUCAGUGUAGUGCACUGACAUCUGAAGAAUCACAUCCAGUUUCUGGCUCUACAGUGGAGGAUUUUCAACCUUCAUCCCAGUCUCCUUCUGUUUGCUCCUCCUCAUCCUCAUGUGUCUCUCUCGAUUCUGUGGCUCCAAAAACAACAUGUCUGAAGGUGGAGCAAUCCUUGAGAAGAACAGAACCACCUUCAUGGAGAGAACCUUUACAUCAGACGGAAAGGGGGCCCACUGGCCCACGGUAUCGCUGUAACACAGCCUCUUUUCCAACCAACUGUCGCCCAACCAGCUCCAGACCACAUCAUCGGUUUGCUCGCCCAAGAAGAACACAUUCACAACCUUCAGAUCCCAUAAAAGCAGAGCUGUACAGAAAACGUAUUAAAUACGACCAACACUGCCAACCAGUAGACAGCCAGUUGGAGCAGUUUGCAGACGGUGAUCAAUACAGACUGGACAAGCUCUCUCCAGGGUUGCUGUACCUGGAGCAGGUGUGCAGGAUGCUGGAGAACAUCGCAAAGCUACAGCAGCAAAACCACAGCCUGCAGAAGGAGGUGGAGAUCCUGAAGAGUCAGCAUGCUGAAAUAGAGUGUGUACGCUUGCACAAGGAGGAAAUAAGCUAUCCUGACAGUCAAAGUUUACAGAUUCUGGGUCAUGAAGAUCCAACCAGUGGAUCGUCACGCCUAAAGGAACCCAUGGGGUUUCGGCACAGAUCAGUAUCUGACACUCAGGCAGCCGUCGGCCGUCACAGGAGAGCAAGGUUUGCUCGAGACGAUCUUAUUGCAGAUGUCUUAGUUGAGGAGCCUGAUGGUAAAGAUCCUCAACCAGAAAAUGAACACAAAAAGCUAAGUAAGAUCCAAAAGCUGAAAUUUACAUCAUUUCGAAGGCAGGGAACACAACAGUCUGACAAAGAAAGUACAAGCUAAAAAACAGCAAUGGGCAAAUUUGGAGGAAGAAAAUUUAAAAGCUGAUUCUGUGCAAAAGACUGUGAUCUGCGCAACAUGUCCAUUCACAGCAGUUAUCUGGAACCCUGCAGCAUCUUUUCCAGUCUAAAAAACUCCCCUGCUCUAUCUGCCAGCUGCCAUCUGGGGCCCUGUGGGGCAUGGGCACUGUGGAGGAAGAGACUGAGGACCUGACCACAGAACAAUCUGUCCUACAGCUAUAAACCUAUACAUGCACUACAACACAACACUACAGAAUCCCACUACUCUAAAAUGGCUGCCAGUGCUUAUUUAAAGUCAAUGAGAAUAGCUGUUCGCAGCCCAUUUUACUUCCAGAAUGUGACAUAUUUCCGAAUGAAACGGGAUGUUCAACAAGAAAUAAUGUAUGGCGGGACUUGAUUUAAUUUAGCAUAAAUUGAUUGUAUGGUGAAAAGUGGGUGUGACAUAUCAGAAUAAAGAUUAUGAAGAGAAACAUUUAGGCUGCCAGUAAAUUGUUUAUAAUAAGACAGUAAUUUGCAUUCAUUAAGUAAAAAAUGUUUCAUGUUUUGAUUUCACGUUGACUUAAAGCAAUAAGGUAUGAAACAUUGUGCUAUAUUUACAUUUAUUAGACAUUAUAUCCAGAGUGACUUAGAUUCACAUUUGUAUUGUGACAUAUUUGGGAAUAGUUUGUGAAUAUAGUCACAGCUUAAGGGAGUUGUUAGGCAUGAAGCACAGUGGAGCCCCUGCAACCUCUUUAAUAGUGAUAUAUUCACAGUAUAAAGUAGCAUGGUUUGAGUAUCUUAUUGCUUUUUUAUAAUAAUAUUAAGGACACCAAUUUACAGUAUGUUUUCAGUUUCAUAUGCUGUAUUUUCCAGUCAGCAUCCACGACCAGAACAAUACAUUUUAGUUGUAGUAUGUCAUUUUUUUAUGUAAACAUGAGAAAGGGUGUAACAAUUUAAAGAAUUAUCAUCUGAGAAAAAAAAUGUUGCAGUUAAGUGUGGUUUGUGAAUGUGUGUGUGCUUUAUUAACAGUGGUGAGCACAUUGACACAUCUGUAAUAGUUCUCUGCAUUCUGUGCAUGAUGUGAUGAUAGAGAAUGUACUAGAGAGAGAAAAAAGAGAGGGAGGGAGAAAGAAGCAGAGAGAGGAAGCUGACCUACAUGCAGCACAAAAGGUAGAGAGAGAACAUGCUUCCUUUUACUCCACAUCCACAGUGUGCUAGCCAUCUUAUGUGAUAAAAUAGAACGCUUCCAUUAAAUUAACAAAGCUGCUUACACUGCAAGCGCGUGACAGCACUUUAAUGAUUAUCACAGGAGCAUAAUUUGUCACAUCACAGUGCUCUGCUGGCUCUAAGAGGGGAAUAGUAUGUUCAUGUCAUGUUGGAAUUACCAUAAUUACCAUUUUUUCCGAUUAGUAAAAAACAGUCUUUGGUCUCGUAAUUACACACUGGAAACUCAGAAAUUAAUGAAAGCCUGCUGUGACAUCAUAUUAAAACAACCAACAUGGUAGUGACAUCACUUAAAGGGAUAUUUCAACCAAAAUGAAAGUUCAUUCAUCAUUUAUUGUUAUUUACUGUCAUUACUUAUUUAUUUAUUUUUUAUUUACUUACUUAUUUUAUUUUUUUCUGUGAAACAAAAUAACACCAUUUUUGUUAUUUUCAUGCAGUGCACUUUUGUUCACACUGUCAGACUGUAUUAGAACUGACAACCACAAGUCUCAAAAUGUCCCACUCACACAGCUGCUUACAGCAGUGGCUCAAAUACUGUCUGCAUGAAAGAGCAAAAGAACCUUUUAUUCUAUCAAUAAUAUCAGUAAUAUCACGUGACUAAAGUAAAUGUCAAAGAUGGUGAUUUAAAUAACACUGAAAGUACUUAUCACAGUUGAUACAGUGCAAGUUCACAAGUCAAAUCUUAAUUAACAGACAGCAGCUUUUAUAUCGAAGUGGAGAGUGAAGCAUUUGAUUCAUGCGCAGACAUACAGUAUCACAGAAGUGAGUACACCCCUUACAUUUUUGUAAAUAUUUUAUUAUAUCUUUUCAUGUGACAACACUGAAGAAAU